GGAGGCGUCACGGCGCCGGCCCCGCCCCCGGGGUCGCGGCUCGCCCUGCUCAGUGGGCCCCGCGCCGCCGCCGAGCCUCACGCCGCCUCACGCCAUGGCUUUCGUCACCCGGCAGCUCGUGCGCUCCCUGUCAUCCUCCGCUUCUUCCUCGGCGAAGAAGAUCAUGGUCAAGCACGUGACGGUCAUCGGCGCGGGGCUCAUGGGCGCCGGCAUCGCCCAGGUCGCUGCGGCCACCGGCCACACGGUCGUGCUCGUGGACCAGACCGAGGACAUUCUGGCGAAGUCCAAGAAGGGGAUUGAGGCCAGCCUGAAGAAAGUGGCCAAGAAGAAGUUUGCGGAGAACCCCAAGGCCGGCGACGAGUUCGUGCAGAAGAGCCUGGGCAGCAUCACCACCAGCACGGACGCGGCGUCGGUGGUGCACAGCACGGACCUGGUGGUGGAGGCCAUCGUGGAGAACCUGAAGGUGAAGAACGAACUCUUCCAGAGGCUCGACAAGUUCGCCGCCGAACACACCAUCUUCGCCAGCAACACGUCCUCGCUGCAGAUCACCAGCAUUGCCAACGCCACCAGCCGCCAGGACCGUUUCGCCGGCCUCCACUUCUUCAACCCGGUGCCCUUGAUGAAGCUGGUCGAGGUCAUCAAGACGCCGAUGACCAGCCAGAAAACCUUCGAUUCCUUGAUGGACUUCAGCAGGGCCGUGGGCAAGCACCCCGUCUCCUGCAAGGACACUCCGGGCUUCAUCGUCAACCGCCUCCUGGUGCCCUACCUCAUGGAGGCCGUGCGGCUCUACGAGCGAGGUGACGCGUCCAAGGAAGACAUCGACACCGCCAUGAAGCUGGGCGCCGGCUACCCCAUGGGCCCCUUUGAACUCGCCGAUUACGUCGGGCUGGACACCACCAAGUUCAUCAUCGACGGCUGGCACGAGCUGGACAGCAAGAACCCCUUGUUCCAUCCCAGCCCGGCCCUGGACAAGCUGGUGGCAGAGAAGAAGCUGGGCAAGAAGACCGGGGAGGGCUUCUACAAGUACAAGUGAGGCGGCGGCCCGGCCCCCUCCCCGCGCAGUGCGGCCACGUGCCUUGUUUCUUUUUCAUUGUGAUCUGCCCCGUGAUUCACGCUAGUUCCCACAGUAGCAGGUCCCUCCCUUGGAGAACUGACUUCCGCCCUCAGUCUGUUCGCACCUGUCCUAAGAGGCUUUACACCUUUGGUGCCUUGGAGCAAACGUUUCUCUGCAGCCUGGUCGUGGUCACCGAGAACCACUCAUGUUCCUUCUUUGGGGGAGGGGAACGCCCCUCAGCGGUGGGCAUUCUUGUCUCGCACAGCGGCUGAGGGGGGCGGCCUCCACACCAGCUCCCCCCUCGGCUGCCCUGCACGCUUCCUGCCCUCCUCUGGGAGCCCCUGCAGGCCGGACAGUCCACGCCCCGGCCUGGAACCCGCGCCGUCACAUCUGCAGCUGGAGUGGUUCUCGUCUCUCUCGUUCAUGAGAAAUCAAAGUGCCUCUAAAACACGGGCUCAAAUUAAAGGCAACCUUUUAAUCUGGAAAUUUACAUGGAAAUAAAUGAAUAGUUUUAAAUCA